AUGGAUAUCGAGCCAGCCCAAGACGUCCCGCAGCGGGAGGCUCCCUCUGGAACAUUUUUACUCGAAGAUAAGCACAGCCAUGAUUCUGGUGAACUCAUUCUUCAUCCAACCCCAACCAGCGACCCGGACGAUCCCUUGAACUGGUCGAGUGGCAGGAAAGCAGUCAAUUUCGGCACCGUCUGCUUCUACGUACUCAUCACAUUCGUCUUUCUCGACAUCCAGACUGUCGCUUUCAGCCAGUACCUUGCGGAAUUCGGAUGGACCUUCGAUACACUCAACAACGCCGGUGCGGCGGCGUUUGUUGGUCUUGCCAUUGGUUGCAUUGCCUUCAUACCCCUUGUUCAUCGCUACGGACGCCGACCACUUUACCUCUUCAGCUUGUUGCUUCAGGUUGCGUGCGGAGUUUGGAAUGCCACGCUCCACACAAGCGCCGAGCUGAUGGUCUGCGCCGUACUAUCCGGGCUGGGCGGUGCCAUCUCCGAGACGAUCGUGCAGGUAACAAUUGCGGAUCUGUUCUUUGUCCAUCAACACGCAACCAUGAACGGAAUUUUCAUACUCAUGCAGUCCACUGGCGCAUACCUCGGCCCAGUUGCCGCAGGGUAUAUCGUCGUGGAUAUGGGAUGGCGAUGGAUGUGGUGGAUGACUGCCAUCUUGACCGGAGCAAACCUUCUCUUUGCUCUCUUCUUUUUCGAGGAAACAAAAUAUGUUCCCACUUUGUUGGGAGAAGGCGGAGUAGAAACAGCCGAUGUCGCGACUCGUCAGGAAUCAGCUUCUCUCGAAGAUGCAAAGAAGCUACCCACGGUUACAGACGCGAGCUCUACGCGAAUGAAUAUCUACGUGCAGAGAAAGUCGUACCGUCAGCGACUAGCAUUCGUCACCAAGACCGAUACACCCAUCGCCCAUCACUUUUACCAGCCAUUCAUCGUUGUUUUCAAAAUUCCGGCAGUUGCAUACGUUUCCCUCACAUACGGCCUGCUACUAUCCUUAUACUCCGUCAUCGCCACUGUCCAGGCCUACUAUAUGAUUGCUCCCCCGUAUAACUUCGACGCGUCACAGAUUGGUCUGUUAGCACUCGCCCCUUUCAUUGGCAGCGCCAUUGGCACUGUUUUCGGCGGAUGGCUGAACGACAAACUGAGUAUUUGGUGCGCGAAGCGGAAUGGUGGCGUGUUCGAGGCAGAGACCCGACUGUAUCUCAUCAUUCCGGGAAUUUUUCUCACUGUUUCUGGGAUGCUCAUGUUCGGAUUGGGUCUCGCAUAUUUGGAACUGUGGACUGUUUUAGCUGUAGGCACUGGAAUUUAUGGCGCCGGCUUCGUUGUCAUCAGCAGUGCUGCCUUAACUUAUCUUACCGAUAGCUACAGCGACAUAAUCGCCGACGCUCUUGUUGCAGUAACCUUUUUCCGCAACGCCUUUUCUAUCUUGAUCAUGUUUACCAUCACGCCUUGGCUCAACGCCAUGGGUAUCAAAAAUCUCUUCAUAUUGCUUGCCUGCGUUGUUUUUGCAAUCCUAGCUUUAGUAUUUCCGAUGAUUAUCUGGGGGAAGAAGGCCAGAUACAGAACUUCGGACUUGCUGAGAGAGCUUGCUUUGAAGCAGCCGGGUACUCGUGAACAUUAG